GAGAUCGCUAACUCCAUAGUGGUCCGGAACCAUGACUGGAUAUUCGGGGAUGAUGGUACGAAUCCAACCUAAAAGAUUAAACCCGCCCUAAAGCACAACCCGAUCCGAAAUCCUUGGUCUUUAUUUUUUAAAUUUUUUUUUUUUUUAAAAUUUUGGAUAAAAACUCAUAUUAUUAGAUGGGUCGGAUAUUGGAUAUCCGCACUAUUCGAUCCGAAAAUUUCGGAUUGAUAUCCGAAUAUCCGGAUAUUCGAAAAUUUCGAAUCGGAUACGGAUAUCAAAUAUCUUAUUUUUCGAAUACGGAUAUCCGAUCCAAAAUCCAAUUUCGGAUCGGAUAUCCGAUCCGUGCUCACUCCUCACCGGCCAUGAUCUGUGGCAAGAUGUCCACUAAGGAGGUGGAUGAACAGAUGAUUAAUGUUCAGAACAAGAACUCAUCUUACUUUGUUGAGUGGAUCCCUAACAAUGUGAAGUCCAGUGUUUGUGACAUCCCACCUCGUGGUUUGAGCAUGGCCUCAACUUACAUCGGGAACUCAACCUCCAUUCAAGAGAUGUUCAGGAGAGUAAGCGAGCAGUUCACAGGUAUGUUUAGGAGGAAGGCUUUCUUGCAAUGGUACACCGGGGAAGGUAUGGAAGAGAUGGAGUUCACCGAGGCAGAGAGCAAUAUAAACGAUCUCGUCUCUGAAUACCAGCAAUACCAGAAUCAGUUUAUAUACUCUAUCAUUCACCUUCCUUGA